UAUCAUCCACUUGGUUAACUUAACCUUGCAUAACUAAUCGCAAACUUGCAUCGUACUGGUAUUAAACGCGCGCGCGCCCGGGCACGGGGGCACAAAAGCAGCAGCCACCCACCCAUCCGGUCCGCGCGCGUCUCCUCCCGCCCGGCACCGGCACCGGCACGAGCGGAGCGGCAUGGCGGCGUCCAGCGCGUACGCGGCGUCGCUCCCGGCGGUGCCGGAUUGGCUGAACAAGGGCGACAACGCGUGGCAGCUGACGGCGGCGACGCUGGUGGGCAUCCAGUCCAUGCCUGGGCUGGUGGUGCUGUACGGCAGCAUCGUGAAGAAGAAGUGGGCCGUGAACUCGGCCUUCAUGGCGCUCUACGCCUACGCCUCGUCGCUGCUGGUGUGGGUGCUGGUGGGCUUCCGCAUGGCGUUCGGGGAGCGCCUCCUCCCGUUCUGGGGCAAGGCCGGGGUGGCGCUCUCCCAGGGCUACCUGGUGCGCCGCGCCUCGCUCUCGGCCACGGCGCACGGGGACACCCCCCGCACCGAGCCCUUCUACCCGGAGGCGACGCUGGUGCUGUUCCAGUUCGAGUUCGCCGCCAUCACGCUGGUGCUCCUGGCGGGCUCCGUGCUGGGCCGCAUGAACAUCAAGGCCUGGAUGGCCUUCACCCCGCUCUGGCUCCUCUUCUCCUACACCGUCGGCGCCUUCAGCCUCUGGGGCGGCGGCUUCCUCUACCACUGGGGCGUCAUCGACUACUCCGGCGGAUACGUCAUCCACCUCUCCUCCGGCGUCGCAGGCUUCACCGCCGCAUACUGGGUGGGCCCUCGUCUGAAGAGCGACCGGGAGCGCUUCUCCCCGAACAACAUCCUGCUGAUGAUCGCCGGCGGCGGGCUGCUGUGGAUGGGCUGGGCCGGGUUCAACGGCGGCGCCCCGUACGCCGCCAACAUCGCGGCGUCCGUGGCCGUGCUCAACACCAACGUCUCCGCCGCCACCAGCCUCCUCACCUGGACCUGCCUCGACGUCAUCUUCUUCGGCAAGCCGUCCGUCAUCGGCGCCGUGCAGGGCAUGAUGACCGGCCUCGUCUGCAUCACCCCCGGAGCAGGGCUGGUGCAGACGUGGGCGGCGGUGAUCAUGGGCGUGUUCGCGGGCAGCGUCCCCUGGUUCACCAUGAUGAUCCUGCACAAGAAGUCGGCGCUGCUGAUGCGGGUGGACGACACGCUGGCGGUGUUCCACACCCACGCCGUGGCGGGGUUCCUGGGCGGCAUCCUGACGGGGCUCCUGGCCACGCCGAGGCUCCUGGAGAUCGAGUCCCCCGUGCCGGGCCUCCGCGGUGCGUUCUACGGCGGCGGGAUCGGACAGGUCGGGAAGCAGCUGGCCGGCGCCGCGUUCGUGGUGGCGUGGAACGUCGUGGUGACCUCGCUCAUCCUGCUCGCCAUCGGCAUGGUGAUGCCGCUGCGGAUGCCCGACGAGCAGCUCAUGAUCGGCGACGACGCCGCGCACGGGGAGGAGGCCUACGCGCUCUGGGGCGACGGGGAGAAGUUCGACGCCACGAGGCACGACGCGGCCAGGGUCGGCGGCGGCGGCGGCGGCAUGGAGAGGGAGGGCUCGGCGGAGCAGCGGCUGUCGGGCAUGGGAGCCAGGGGCGUCACCAUCCAGCUGUAGUAGGCGCGCGACGGCGCGGGAGGGCGGAGUAUUUGUACUGGUAGCGUUUAUUUUCGUGACAAAAGAUCAGUGUUGUAGAGAAGUUAUUCAGAUCCAUGAUCAGUGGGAACUGGGAAGUGACCGUAACCUUCUGGAUCAUAAACGGGCCGCAUACGUGACCCACGGCCCGUUUAAACUGGUAUCGAGCCCAACGGAUCACGUUUUCUUUGUGCCGUAAACAGAUCAGAAUUAGAGAGGAAAAUCGUACAUAUUUUGAUUU